GGAAGAGGAAGGACGGUGAGUAAAAAUUUCUGAUGAAAUCUCCAUCUGGAGCGGCAGACGGACACAGGGAGAACCUCGGCGGCUCAACCUCAACAGCAGGCGGACACCGAGAAGUAUUACCGACCCCAGCGAGGAGUCUAAAAACACAACCGGUGAAGGAGUUUAUCAGAGCGGUUGUUGAGGCUGUUUUUGAAAUCUUAAACCGUUGGGAACCAACCCGCCAGUACGCUGCCGGGGGCUAAGCUAACGUGCUAACUAGCAGAAUAGCCACCGAUCCUCGCAGUCUGAAUUCGGACAGAAUGGAUUCUUCCCGCUUUUCAGACCGGUACCAGUCCUCAUGUCACGGAUCCAACUCGUCAGGCCUCAUUGUCUACCUCAGCUCUGGCUCUACACGGAGGAAGUCCGACCACCGCUCUAAGCCUGACGCCGGUUUUAUGGAGGAUAUUUCCUGGUUUCCGCGCUGCUCCGGUGCUCUGUAAGCCCAAGUGUUUGACAGCUGUCAGACCAGCAGCAGGCGUCGCUGCUGGAGAUUUUAAACUCUGCACUUUAACACAGCAACAUGUUCAGAAACGCUAACGGUGAAGCACGUUUUCCUAGCGGCCCAGGCUCUCCUUCCUCCCCGCAGCUCGCUUCGGUCACCUUUGACGGCCAGGAAAGCUCGUGGAUCGGCCUGCUGUCCAGGCCCGCGCUGUCUCUGCUGCGGAGACUCCGCCUGUGGGGCGCAGCGCCCGCAGAGAUCAGCAACAGCUUCAUCGGUGAGGAGAACGACAUUUUACGACAGUUAAAUGGAAUAAUGCCGUUUACGCCUCCUGUGGGACAUCAAUUUACGCGAUGUAAACACGACGGAGUACCCGGUGUUGGCCUCCUGGAUCCAGGGACAGGCGGCCCUGUGUCCUGGAUGUCUGCUGGGAUGGAUCACAGCCUGCAGCCUCAGAUAAGCUAUUUCUCCUCCAUCAGGGCUCAUAUAAACAAAAAUCUGAAGAAUCCUCAGGAAGUACAAGGCGCUGGAGGGAGGCCCUUGGUUCCGGUGAGCCCCCCAAUGAGGAGCAGCUCUGCAGGUAAAAUUGGGCCUUGGUGGGGCAGCUUUAUACAAAUAGAGGAAAGCUCAGAGACAUGUCUUCUGUCUGAGGUGACGGAAACGGGCCGGCUUUGUUCUCCCUCUGUAGCCCAGAUAAAAGCCCCCCCUACUGACACCACCCCUGUGUUAGAGUCGGUGCUGCCAGAAAACGCUGGACCUCCCUGCCUGGAUGACAGCAAAGCCCCUCACAGAGUCCAGAACAAAGCUGGCUUCACGGAAGGUGAGCGGGGCUGCAGAGGGGCAGGACUUCCUUUACCUGAGCAUGAUAACGGGUAUUCCAGCCUAGAGGAGGAGCAUUCCCAGAUGGGCCUCCUUUCCCAGCUGAGGGCCCCCAGUGAAGAAGGGAACCAGCUGGAGCCCAGCGUCCCUCAGAUGGAGGAGAUCCCAGAACAGCCUGAACCUGAAGAGGUGGUCUCCGUUCCCCAGUGUCAAAACAAAAGCAUCGCCUUCAUCAUGGGCUGCCCCUGCAGCGACGACGAGAGCAGCCAAUCAGAAUCUGACUCUGAGUCUGAUGAUGAUGACGAUGAUGACGGCUUUGACAGCGAGGGCUCCUCUGAUCUGUCCGACUCCUCAAACGAAGAUGAGGAUGAUGAGGCUUCAGACUCUGACAGUGAACCCGACUCAGAAUCGGAGCGUCUCUGGACCUCCCUGUGCCAAAGUCAGGACCCCUACAACCCCCGAAAUUUUACCGCCCGCCUGCACACAGGCCCGCCCGCCAGGACCGCCCCCACCCUGCCCGUCAGUGUUCCAGCUCCCUCACCUGCCUCCACCCCUCAUUCCCCCCCGGCGUCUUCUCCUACCCCCAUCUCUGCCUCCCCUCCAUCCAGCCAAGACACUUGGGACGAUUCAACGUCGGCCAGUGAGGUGGAUGAAGCGGAGAGUCUCCGCCUGCUGAGCUCUUUCAGUUGUUCUGCAGACCCAUACAGCCCUUUAAACUUUAAGGCUCCACUCAGGACUCAAGGCCCCACUGAGCCGCCUCCUAAAACCAGGAACAGAACCAGUGCAAUGCCUCAGACUCCCCCUCAGGCUCUCCAUCAUAAUACUGCAUCCCCACCUGAGUACAGGAAGGAGGGAGCUGAGGAGAGGCUGGACAGCGGCUUCUCAGAGGCCUCCACCACGCAGCAAAGCUGCAAGAUCCCCAAAAAGCUAGUUCUGGUUCUGUUCUGUGAUUUUCAUCUGUGUUCUGACCACCUGUCUCUCCUCUGUCAGGUCCAUUUUAGUGACACUGUGGAGGAGCACUUGAUUAACUCUGAGGAGGACCGGCGAGGUCCGUGGGAGGAGCUGGCCCGGGAUCGCUGCCGGUUCCUGCGGCGCUGUCAGGAGGUUGAGCAAAGCAUCGGGUUCUGUUUGCAGCCACAGCACCGGCAGCAGAUGUUCCAGAGACUCAACGCUCUUUCCGACACCUGACAGGAACCACAGGUGGACGAACCCAGUGCCGGUUCUGUCACGGUAACUGACUUUCUGCGUGAAGAGGUCGGAGUUUGAAUAAAUUUUAAUCAAGCUGCUGCUUUCAUCAUUUUCACAACAGAGCCGAACGGAGGCUUUGUCUAAGAUGUUCAGGUUCACACAGCGCCUGCUCUAACCAGCGGGUCAAACCAGGAUGCAGGAAAUCUGCUUCAGAGACAUGAAGGAGUGUUUGUGCUUUGUGUUAAUUAAAAUCUAGAUUAUUGCCAAUUAAAUUUUUUAUUUUAAGGAUUCAAAUUUCAAACUUUCAGUGUUUCUCUAAUUAUAACCUGCAGCAGGUGUGGUAGCGAGCUGCCUAACGGGCUGGAGCCAGUGUUUGUCCCGGGCUUAGCUGUGGCCCAUUAAAGCCAAAGACAACGGGAGGAAAACUUGGACGCUGAGUGUCAGAAUCCCUGUGGUAUUAAAGUGCUCCGCUGUUGAUCUGAACGUCCAGCAGGAGGCGCUGUGCAGAGCAUUCAGCAGAACAUCUCCUGAAAGUUUUAAGCUAAAGAAGAAAAUCAAGCAGAAUCCAACCAGAUGGUCUUUGCUCAGACUGAUCCCCUUUGGCCUCAGAUCCUCCUGGAUCGAUGGAUGAAGUUCUGGUCAAAUAAAUCACAGAAAUGUUUUUAUGAAGAAUAUGGAAACAAAAUGAUAAAGGUGCACCCACUGAUUAAAAAAACUGAUAACCUGGAGAAACUCAGAGUUCCCACACUAUCAGAGACCCUAAAGGCAGCACUGAACACAACCCACAAACAGUCUGAUGAAUUUUAGUUUCCAUAACAACCUUGAAUGAACUCUUCUACAUCUUCAGUUUAAUAUUCAGGAAACAGGCCUAAUAUGGAUGGUGUUUUUGUCCGGUCAACUCUUUGCUGCCUUCAGGUAUUAAUAAAGUGUGGGAAUUACAACUUUCUCCUUUGAUUUCUUGUCUAAUAGCAGAGCUGAUCUUAAUAAGAACUAUUUAAACUACAGAACGAGGAAUAUUUUCUUCCUGUUGAAAUUCUUAAUUUCACAAUGUUUUUCAAUCUUAAAUACAGAGUUAAACUUCAGGCUGACCUAAAUCUUAAAAUAACUGCUGCCAUGGGGCCUUGGGGCUUGUCAGAUUAUUCCUGUGAUUAAACUCCACAGAUUAACUCAGGAUAUUUGUUGAAUCAUCUUUAUUGAAGCAGUAAAUGGAUCAGAUGUUAUCUGCUGGAAUGAAGAACUGCAGGAAAUGUUUGACAGGAUGGAUGGAGAUAAUAAUGGACGUCAGUGGGGGGAACCCGGACAGGUAGAUUCCUCUGCAGAGGGCUUUGUUGGGCCUUCGUGGAUCGUUUGGGUAAAAUGGGACGUUCAGGUCAACAGUUCAGAGAACAGGAAGCUGAAGCGAUGCUGGAUCGUGUGACGUUUGCAGGAAGACGAGUGUUUGACUGAGUUUAGGACUUAAAAUAAUCAGAGUGACAGUGCCAGUUUGAUCCGAAUCUUUGGUGUUUACUUUUAAUCAGAGGAUGGUUUUUAUUUUUCUAACUCAUGGUUCAAUCCGUGCCUCUUGGUCUCCUCGCAGACCAAUGAUGAGCUAAUAAACCUGUGUUGAUCAAAGCUGACUCCUGUCUGUCAUU